CAGCAGCAGCAGCAGCAGCAGCAGCAGCAGCAGCAGCAGCAGUAGCAGUAGCAGCCGGUACACACGCAUACCUAUACAUAUAUGUAUGUAUAUGCGAACAUCGCGAGAAGAAAGCGCGUCCGGUUUGUGCUUUGUCCUUUAAAACGUGUGUUAUUUUCUUUGGGAUAUCCAGCUUCAGCUAGAGAAGAACGGAGUUGAACGAAAAGUGAUCGCAAUUUUACCAAAGUGGCUCGGUUAAACUAGUUAAAGAUAAGAAGAAGAAGGAGCAAGCGUACGACGAGAUGACGUGAUAUGCCAAGAGAAGAGGAAUGUCGGCGUGCUGAAGGCGGAUCCGUUCGUUCCUCUUUCCCUGGUGGAGAUCGUCGUCGAGUGCGACACGGGAUGCGACCCAAGUUAUCCGGACGGGUUCGAACGACGACUGGCUGGCGAUCGACCAGGCUCCUCCGACCAUCACCACGAUCACGCGCCGGUCGUCGCCGUCGAUCGUCGUCUCCUCCCGUAGAUCUCAUUUAAUCGUUUACGAUUAAGUAAAACGAUUAACGGGGAUUCAACGACGGGAACCAGCGUCGUCCGUCGGCGGUGAUCGAGAAGGGGUCAGCAAGGAAAAAUCUAAGCGGAAAAUCUAAACAGGAUGACAACGAUACAGAGCUGUGGCGGUAAUUCAUCGAGAUGCGCGAAGCGUGCGUUCGUCUUCGUGUUUGCCUGGGGACUGCUGAUGAUCGCAGCGAUACAGUUCCGUCACUUGGAAAAUAGGGCUCUACGGGCUCAAGACGGUGGUGGGCCCACGGCCGAGGAUGGAAUCGGUAAUCUGAUGGAGAUCGACGGUCAGAUCGGUAACGAUCGAGGUGCGAACGCCCGUGGUUCUUCGGGAAGUUUGAGUCUAUCCCGAUAUCUCUUGCAAAGGUCUUCACUGGGCGACCUCGGCAACUCUGGCGGAAACGCUGCUCUGCUUACCACUCUGACCACUCUCAGAAAUCGUUUGGAAGCGACGACGACGACGACAACGACGACGACGACGACGACGACGACGACGAUGAGAAGCGCGCUCGAAUUGGAACCGUUGCUGGACAAGAGACCGGCCAAGACCGAGCAGCAAUUGAUCGAGGAGAUCGCCGAGAGAAUACCGAGCCUACCGCUGAGCGAUUGGUCGAAAAAUAGCAAAUUGACGAAACGGGGCAACGAGAGUUGCGCGAAAUAUCCGCAGAUCUACGAUUUGGAAUUUAACAAUAUCUAUUGGCAAACGUUGCGAACCAGCAACGGCACGUUUCAAUUUUUCGGGGCGUUUUACGACAAUCGAAAAUUAUCGAAGAUCGGACCGGCGGUAAGGAUCGUUGGCAUGAUCGAUCGAAUCGAACCGAUCGUCAAGACGUAUUGUCAGUUGUGGUACGAUGGCGAGAGCGAGCCGAAAAUCAUCGAAACGCUCGAAUAUAAAUACAUUUGGUAUCCUAAAUGGGGCAAUUACAAGCAAGGUAUCUAUCAGCCGUACGUGAUAGCGUGUAGGGUACCGCCGCAAGCGUACCGCGACGGUAAGCCACCGUCAUCCGUUUCCAUAGUCGAGAAACGUUGCGACACGGCGACCAAUCAUCUUCGAGUGAUUUACAACAAGCCCGAACGGGGCAAGAAGGACUUUGCGGUGUGCGUAAAGGGUUUGGACUUUCUGCACGAGGAUCUGUCGGUUCGACUGGUCGAAUGGAUCGAGCUGAUCAGCCUCCUGGGUGCCGACAAGAUCUACUUUUACGAGUUGCAGGUGCACCCGAACGUGACCAAAGUGCUGCGACAUUACCAGCGCUUGGGUAUGGUGCACGUGACCCCGCUGACUCUACCAGGCGGACAGCCUAACGUGCCCGCUUUUCAGCACAUGUAUCUCACCAAAAAGACCAAUCACAAGCGGCAGAACGAGCUAAUACCCUACAACGAUUGUCUGUACAAGCACAUGUACGAGUACGAGUAUAUCGCCCUGUUGGACGUCGACGAGGUGAUUAUGCCCGUGAAGGACGCGACCUGGCGAGAGCUGAUGCGCCGGGUGUUGCCCAAGGCCCUGCAAAUACGGAACGAGACUCGCGCCUCGUACAACGUCAGAAAUGUCUACUUCCUCGACGACCUACUGCACUCUCACGGUUACUUCAAGGACAUACCCAAGUACAUGCACAUGCUUCAACACGUAUACCGCUCGAAAAACUUUACGAAACCAAACCAAUAUAUCAAGUGCUUCCAUAAUCCGGAACGAGUGGUCACUCUACACAAUCAUUUUCCGCUGGCGUGCCUGGGGGCCGGAUGCACCAGUUACCCCAUCGAGACCGAAGAUGCGCAGCUGCAGCAUUAUCGCGCCGACUGCGUGCGAUCGCUAAAGAAAACUUGCGUGGAAUAUCGGGAGAAUAGCGUAAUCGACACGACGAUAUGGCGUUACAGGGAUAAACUGAUCAGGAGGGUCACCGACACCUUGAAGACGCUCGGCUUCUUCGGCACGAGAUAGCGUCAUCUCCCCUUUUUCUUACACUCGUCCCCCCCCUUUCUCUCUCUCUCUCUCUCUCUCUCUCUCUCUCUCUCUCUCUCUCCCCAAGUGAAGAUUUGAUCGAUCGUCGUUCGAGGAAGGACGAAAGAAAGGGCUGUGUGCGCGGGACAAGAAGCGAUGAAUCUAUCAGCGGGAGGUAAUUGCUGAUGGGACUUGAUCAGCGAUUUAAUCCAACAGAUAACCGGGAUCGAUGUAACCGAUCUGUAAAGUGGAUUUAUUUCUACGUGCGUAAGUGACAGCGUUAUUACGAUAUUUCGCGAUUUAUAUUUCUAUGUGUGUGUGUGUGUGUGUGUGUGUGUGUGAGAAGAGCGUGGAUCAAAGAGUGUAAUCUUUGUUCGAUAACAAUCCUACAAAUAUGUACAUCGUGACUUGAGUGACGAGACAUUUUAACCUUAUCAAACGAGAUUAUCAAUCAGAAGCAUUGAAUCGACAUCGGAAUAUAAUCAUCGUUCGUGAAUUAAUAUAAAAUUCAUCAUAUUGUCUAAAGUAGAAUAGCGUGUACACAAAAACCAAUUGGAAUUUGCAUCAAAAUUAAAUUUCCUUUUCAUACACGUAUAACUUUCUCCAUCGAAGCUGAUAGAAAUCGAAUAAAAAAAAAAAAAAAUUAUCAAGUAAAUCCAUAUUCUAAAUCUUAGCAAAAUAAAGUCACAAGUAAUUUAUAAAAGAAAUUAUGCUCAAUUUAUACGAGUUCCAUUAGUACGCUAACAAGUGCCCACGAUAAUUUUUGGGCACGGCCCGUUAGCCCGCGAAACGAGAAGUAUCUCUAGGCCGAGCGUAUAAUUGCGGUUCGUUUGUAUCGGUAACGAAAUGCAAAUUUUCGAUUCAAAAUCGGUCGAUCGAUUACGUUCGCGAGAAAAUGCAGUAUUUCUCUGCAGUAUUUCUCUUCCUUUUUUGUAAAUAAUUUUUUCUCAAGUCUUCAACAUGGAAUACCAAGUCUGCGAUUGAUCGAUAGCCAUAGCGAGUGCAAUGUAUCGGUAAAAGGAUUACAUUACUGUGUUGCAUGUAAUUCUUAAUUUAACAAAAGUUAACGCGGAGAGACUUUUAAAGUUGUACUUUAACGAGAAAUAUUUAAUAAAGAUUAACGCAGAGCGAUUCUUAAAGGUGUGUUAACGAAGAGUAUAAAGAAAUUUUACAAUAAAAUUAUUAGUUCCAUUAUAAGUGCAUUAUAUUAUAUGGAAAAUGUUAGACAACUAUGAUUAAGCGUAUGAAAUUUUUCUUUCUUAAUGUUUAAUUUAAUAUUUGAGAAUAUCUGUUUUGGAAUGGUACUUGAAGUGAGUAUUGACAUACCAUUCUGACGACUGAAACGCUGUGAGGUGUAUAAGCAUCGAUAUUAAAGAUUAUUUCUAAUAAGUCUUCCACAAUCGCGAAGCAGUUUGAUUUUCAUAAGUUUUCAAAAUUAAAAACUUUUCAAUUUCAAUUAUUAUCAUAUUUGACAAGCGAGAAGAGAACUAGAAAAAUAACAAACAAAAUACUACAGUCUGUACGAUAUAACAUCUCAAUAUUUAUUUUAACAAAAAUUGAUGUUAGAAAACUAAACUAUUUAAAAUAUCAUGGUGUGUAUCCGUCAUAAUAAUGAGAAUAUGACGAAUGCGAUCUCUCUCUGUCUCGUCAGUUUUUUUUUUUUUUUAACCGCUUCGUGAUUCAGAAACUUAUUUUUUUAUGGUGAACCUCGAUCGCUUUCUGCACGAUGAAAAUCGAUCGCUUUUUAUAAUGCGAUAUAAGCGACGCUUGCAAAAGCAAGAGGGCGAUUCACGUUUCACCAUGAGACUUAUCAAUAUAUUAUAAGGGACCAUUAUAGAUAAGAGUAAAUAAGAGUAAAAAAAAAAAAUUAAUUUGCAUGACGCCAUUGGCCUAUAUGCGAGAAAAUAAUAUUGCGUUCGUAUUAUAUGGAUUGUUUUUCAAGCUGAAACAUUGGUAGAUAAAAUGGUGUCUUUUAUUUUUUCUUAUUUAAUUAAAUAUUGUUUUAUUUUUACACUUGUUUAUAAUAUAAUAUAUAAUAAUAUGUAACAUAGAAAUUAUUACAUAUUAUUAUAUAACAAUGUUUUGUUAUAUAUAUGUCUACAAGUAAUUAUUUUUAGUAUUAAUGUUGAAAAUAAAUAUGUCUCAGAAUAAACAAAUACGACAUUGAAACAAAAAUUAUAUUAAUCUGCUGACACCAAUUAUUGAUAAAAGAAACUACUCUUAAAAUUUAGCUAAUAAGAAAAGCAGAAUGAAUUUCUUGAAUUUCUCGCGUGGCUAAUAUUCAUAUACCGUUUUAUACGAUAAAAUUGUUUUUGUUUGCUAUAUCCUCCGUCUGUAAAAUAUCAAUUUGUAAAUUAAUAAAUUACUAC